CACAUAUGUAAGGAGUCAGGGAUCAGAACUCCACAUAUCCCACAGACUAGUCAGAUUUGUCCAGAGUUGCCUUUGCAGUGGACGCAUCCUCAUCGGACUGGCGCUUUGAGAAAGGUCUCAAGACAAUGAUGGAGCUAAUGACCGCUACCCCUUUCUAUCACAUCAGUACAACAGAUGUCACUGGAAGAAAUGACUCUUUGUAUGACGACGACGAUGAGUAUGACUAUAAGGAUGAGCAUGCUGAGCUGAGACAGUCUCUCAACAUCAUGUCUCUGAUUGUUUACUGCCUGGCCUUUGUUCUCGGUGUGCUCGGGAAUGGAGUGGUUAUCUGGGUGACCGGGUUCAAGAUGAAGAAAACAGUUAACACAGUUUGGUUCCUCAACCUUGCUGUGGCCGACUUCCUCUUCACAGCAUUCCUGCCCCUGAGUGUGACCUACACAGCUUUGGAUUUCCACUGGCCUUUCGGCAAGUUCAUGUGCAAACUGAACAGCACUAUAAGCUUUCUGAACAUGUUUGCCAGUGUUUAUAUUCUGAUGGUGAUCAGUGUGGACAGAUGUGUGUCUGUGGUGUGGCCCGUCUGGGCCCAGAACCACCGAAGUGUACGCAAGGCGUCCUGUGUGAGUCUGGGUGUUUGGGUACUGGCUCUGAUUCUCAGCACUCCAUACUUCAUCUUCAGGGACACUGGGCCAUCAUAUAACAAUGACGACAUCAUCAACUGCUUCAACAACUUCGCUUUUUCUGAUGAUUAUGAAACGGCGUCUGUGAAUCAGCUACGACAGUUUCGUCAUCAGGCCAUGACCAUCACCCGCUUCCUCCUGGGAUUUGUUGUCCCCUUCACUGUCAUUGUCUCCUGUUAUGCUGUUAUAAUCCAUCGUCUCAGAAGAAACCGCACCCUGGCCAGCCAGUCAAGUCGCCCCUUUAAGAUCAUCGCUGCUGUUAUCACCACUUUUUUCCUGUGCUGGGCUCCUUAUCACAUCAUGGCUCUAAUUGAGUUGGUAAAUCACAUGGCUACUCAUGCAAGUGAAACAUUAGAUCAUGUCACCACUAUCGGGAUCCCUAUAACCACCAGCCUGGCCUUUCUCAACAGUUGCUUGAACCCACUGCUGUAUGUGUUCAUGGGCCAAGAUUUCAAGGAUAAAGUCCGCAAAUCCAUCCUGAAUGUAUUGGAGAAUGCCUUCCAGGAGGAGGUUUCUCGCUCUUAUACUUACACAAACUCAAUGGUCACCAGUCGGAGCAAAGAAAAGUCUGUUUCUGAUGCCGAGGUAUAAGGCUAUCCAUGACAUGAAGAAACAAAUACUGUAACUAUACAUAGAAAAUGUAACUGUAUAUAACAAACUUUUUUGUGAGCUUUGUUGUUUUUUUAAUCAAGGACCCUCAGAGUGAUCUGUAUACGUUAUCUCAGGUCGAAACAAUUCACCUGUUACACUUUGAUUGAUAUGAGUUUUAUGAUUGGCUAAUUGAUCAGGUCUUGAAAAGAGUUCUGCCUCUUAACUUCACCUACAAUACUUUCAAUAUGGUAGAUCGAAUAGAUGGUAAUAUUGUACAAUAAGUUGUAGAUCCAUUUGUAAUGCAUUUGUGGGAUAAAUCAUUUUGAAACGAUGGAAAGAUGAAAUGUUUUUUUUGUUGAAAAGUGUAUUUAUAUAGCCCUCCUCCGAACCAGAGAAACAAAGUGCUAUCUAAGGGGAAAAAAGAAAGAAAUCAGAAAAAGUAUAACAUAACACACACAUAAAUUCCAAACAUGCAGACAAAUUUACCCACAUUGAAUAACCUGUAGAGCAAGUGGCUACAUUUAUCUUCGGAGUAACAAUGGUACUUCUUCUCUAUGCUCUUUGACUCACAGCAGUGCAUUCAGUCUGUACCAUACUAGACCUGGUGGAUAUGUGAUAUGUGGGUGCCAUCUUUUUGACAAGAGAAACCAGUCAUAAUUUCAAAAUAGGUAUUACAUUAGUUUAUGGUUGAAUAUGUGCACAAAACAAGCAACAAAAACAUUAGAUUUGUUUGACAAAGGGAACUGUGUGUUUUCCCUCUGUCACAUACUGUACACUCCAGAUGUUGAUAGUAUAUCUGUGCCUGUACGUUACAGCAAAGAAAACAAACAACAAAACAAGUUGUUUAUAGGCCAUAAUUGUCGACUGUAUUGACAAUUAAAAGGCUGGCACAUCAACUAAUAACAUAGUAAUAGAUUUUGCCACAUUGUGCCUUACUUGCCAUAGAAUAUAGUAGGCUGUAAACUAAUGUAUAGAAGAGAUUUAACUGAAUGUAGAAUAUACAGUGUGAAAUAGUGUCGCUGAGUCGCUGUACUAACAGGCUUAUUGCAAGUUAGUUUCCCAACUUCCUCCCUCACACCCAACUCAACCCAGCCGCUGAUCACGUUAUGUGUGCACUUGACAAAAUUUGGCACAUGACAGGGACCACACAGGCCAUCUUUGGGUACAUACAAAGUGAAAAUUAUGUGUCAAGUGCUAGGUUUAGUAUAGCUCAUUUCGUCUGUAUAGUAAUGUUUAUUAAAUAAAUCACCCUGAAAUGUUUAUUUCUCAUUCCACCUGCCAUGUGACUUUUGACUGCUACAUGUCCACUGCAUGCUUUGAUAAACAACUUGUUUACGUUUGUUAUUCAGCUACAGGGAAAGGCUAAUGUAAGCCUAAUAAAUAAAUAUUAUAGUAACUAUGAGAUUAUUAUGCUUACAGUAGCAGCUGCAUUGCAUACUUAGUUUAGUUGGACCUUUCAUCAUUGUUAGUUGUUUGUUUUGUUUUAAGAUUAUUUUUUGGCAUUUUAUGCCUUUAUUUGAAAGUGAUAGUCGAGAGAGACAGGAAGUGUGGGAAAAGAGAGUAGGGGAAUGACAUGCAGCAAACAGACCGGCCGGGAAUCGAAGCAGGGACUCACUGCUCAGCGCAUAUGCACCUAACCACUCGGCUAUACCCAUAAUCUGAGAACAUUAAUGAGCUGCAACAAAAGAUUACUUUCAUUGUUUUUGUUUUGUCCAACCAACAGCAAAACAAAAACAAACAUAUCCAGUUUGAUAUUAAAGAAGAAGAAGAAAAACAACCAAAUAUUCACAUUUUAGAAGCUAGAACCAGUGAAUCUUUGGCAUUGUAUCACAAAAAAAUAAGAUAAGAAAAAGAUCAACCGGUUAUCAAUUUUUGCCGAUCAACUAAUCCAAUUGAAAGAAUGGAAUGGCACACUUAUUCUAUGUACUGUAUGGCUUUGGUAUAUGUGGCAUAUUGUGAUAUAACAUGAACCUCUCUAUAAAAGCCUUAUUCUAAUGUAAACAAUGUCAGUGAUGAUUUGAUUGUUUUUUGUUGUUGUUUUUCAGCCCUAGUGGCCAACUCUACUAAGGGUUUAUAAAUGUCGAUAAUGAUGAUAACUGUUAUUGUGAUUCUUCUUGUUACCAUUAUUAAAAUAUUAUUCGGACUUGAUUGUUUUUCCACUCAGAAUGUACAUCUCAUAAUCACCACAUAACUUCACAAAACACUGAGCAGUCACUCUUUCUCUAGUAUUUAUACAGAAAGAGAGAUAUGUGUAGGUAUCUAUCACAUGCACAACUAAUCUGAUGUAACACCUACUACUUAUUUAUCAUGAUUAACAAGAAGCCAAUUACAGGAUGAACGUUUUAUACUCUUUAUUGUUAUUAUUAUGGACUUGGCCAGUAGAGAGAGCUGUUUGACAUAUCAGGUGCUUCUCAGAACAAGGAGUUUAAUGUCAUUUAAUCAUCUUUGUAAUGUGCUUUAUGAUGAUCCUGAGGAAGGCCACGAGGGUCCGACAGCAACAGCAAACUUCAAAGAGAAAACACACUGGAGCACACUGACUGAUUUGCAGCCUUUAAUAGUGCAAACAGUGCUACAAAUCUGUUUGCUUUAUUAAUGGCUGCAAAUCAUUUGGUAGCUUUUACAUCAUGUACCAUUAAUAUUAAUAUAUAUUAAUAUUGUUUAAUUUGUUCAUUUCAUUAGUGAAAUAGUUUGGAAAUGAAUUUAAAUUUAUGAUAACUUUAAAUGAAAUUCUAAUUGUACACUCUUUAUACGUGAAGAAAAAACACAUGAAAACAUUUAGAGCCCUCUGUAUCCUUUCACAACAUCAUUUUAAUGGUCUGUGCAAAGAAUUUUGUAAUGCUCUGUCAUUAUCAGUUUUAAGUUGUUGUUUGAUCUUAAAAUAAAGACAUUUGUGGACCAAUA